AGUCUACAGUGAAACAAACGUCACAUGUCUCGCCCUUUGCCAAAAGCCACCACAAGUUUUUGUCAGUACCCGAUUCUCUCUUUUAUUCCCCACAGAUUUUAUAGUUUCUUUUUAAAAUAAUACAUCAAACUCUUCCUUUCUCGAUCUUUCAUCUCAAUCUCUUCCUUAUUCUUCCAAGAUCCCAGACGAAAUGGCUCAGAAGGUAGUGUUGAAGGUUUUAACCAUGACGGAUGAUAAGACCAAGCAGAAAGCCAUCGAAGCUGCAGCUGAUAUCUUUGGAGUUGAUUCGAUAGCAGCAGAUAUGAAGGAGCAAAAAUUGACCGUGAUCGGUCUGAUGGAUGCGGUUGCGGUUGUAAAGAAAUUGAAGAAGGUUGGCAAAGUCGAUUUGUUAUCGGUUGGGCCGGCAAAAGAGGAGAAGAAAGAAGAAAAGAAGGAAGAAAAUAAAGAAGAAAAGAAAGAGGAGAAGAAGGAAGAAAAGAAAGAAGAAGAACCUAAGAAAUAAGUAAAUCAAUAUUAUAAACCCUAAGUGUCUUGAAUAAUUUAAGAAGUAAAAUUAAUUGUUCAAUACAUGUUGUAAUAAAACUACGUGUUGAACCAUUUAAAGGAGUAACCAAAGUACAUUGCAUCUAAA